GUAAAAUUAGCCGUUUGGGCCAGAAAAAUGUUAAAAAAUGUCCUAUUAAAUAAUAAAUGAAUGACAUUAUACCUUUCUCGCAACGAAUUUGUAGAUUGUUUGGAACAAUGUCCCGAUCAAAAGUUAGAUAUUUUGUUAACUCAAAAGAAGAUUAUACAGGAUCUAGUCAAAUUGUAAUUCCAGUACCAGAUAUAACACAACAUUUAAAUGAUACUAUUGUCCAAAUAGAAAGUGGUGUUAAACCUACAGAAGAGAAUGCUGGAGAUGGAAUCUAUUUAGGUACUGCUGGGAUAGCAUAUAUGUUCUACCAUCUAAGCAAGGUUCCAACACUUUCGUCAAAAAAAUCUCAGUUUUUAAGACAAGCUGUUACUUAUUUAAAACCAGCAAUAACAGUAGCAAACUGCAAUAAAACAGAUAGUGUUCCGUCUUUUAUGUUAGGAAAUGCUGGAAUUUAUGCUGUAGCGGCUACAGUUUUCAACAGUUUAGGAGAUCACGAUCAAAGCAACUACUAUAUUCAAUUAUAUUAUGACUCAGCUGAUACUGUGAAAAAACCACGUUUUCUUAAUUAUGGAUCUGAUGAACUCUUUGUUGGUAGAGCAGGCUACGUUUUGGGAGCUCUUUGGAUUGCUGCAGAAACAAACACUCCUCUGAGAAAGGAUGACGUUUACGAAAUUUGUAAUAGCAUUAUAAGAUCAGGAAGAGUCUACUCUAAAACUCACGAUUCUCUUUGUCCCCUUAUGUAUUCAUAUUAUGAAGUGGAAUAUUUAGGCGCUGCUCAUGGACUUUGCUCUAUACUCCAAGUACUAUUGACAGUUCCUGGUUACAUGGAUUCGCAUCCGAAUGAAGCUAAAGAUAUUAAGAAGAGUAUUGAUUUCUUACUUAGUCAGCAAGAUGAGGAAGGUAAUUUUCCUGCAGCAGUUGAUGAAAUAGGCUAUCCUUCGGACCUUAUUCACUGGUGCCAUGGGGCUGGUGGAAUGAUUUUCCUUAUGGCAAAAGCAUAUCUUGUCUUUAAAGAACAGAAAUACUUAGAUUCUUGUAUAAUUAUGGGAAAUCUAGUAUGGGAAAAAGGUCUAUUAAAAAAAGGCCCAGGAAUAUGUCAUGGCAUUGCUGGCAACGGCUAUGUUUUUCUUUUGCUAUACAGAUUGACGCAAGAACAAAAAUAUUUACAUAGAGCUAUAGAGUUUUAUAAAUUUAUGUGGUCAAGUGAGUUCCAAAAUGGGUCUAGAACUCCGGAUUUUCGUUGUAGUUUGUUUGAAGGUUUAGCUGGAACUACCUGCUUUUUGGCCGACCUAACUCAUCCUUCUGAAGCAAAAUUCCCGUUUUAUGAUAUUUUCUGUGUAUAUAAAUAAAUAUGACAUUCUUAGAA